AUGCGCUUACGGUGGUACGGAUACCCUGGCGGUGCUAUUCUGCCCGUCUUCGAUGCAAUUUACAAUUCACCUCAUUUGGACUUCAUUCUCCCCCGCCAUGAACAAGGUGCCGGUCACAUGGCCGAGGGUUACGCCCGCGCUAGUGGCAAGCCUGGUGUUGUCAUUGUCACCUCCGGCCCUGGUGCCACCAAUGUCGUCACACCCAUGCAGGAUGCCCUCAUGGAUGGAACCCCCAUGGUUAUCUUCUGUGGUCAAGUCGUGACCAGCGCAAUUGGCUCCGAUGCCUUCCAAGAAGCCGACACCAUUGGCAUUACGCGGCCAUGCUCCGAGUGGAACGUCAUGGUCAAGGACAUUGCUGAGUUGCCUAGAAGGAUUAACGAGGCUUUCAAUAUCGCUAUGAGUGGACGCCCUGGCCCGGUCCUCAUCGACCUACCCAAAGACAUCACUGGUGGUACCCUUCGUCGCCCGAUUUACAUGGCCAGUUCGAUGCCCACACACCCCAGUGCCGCAACUGUUGACGCCAAGGAAGUGGGCAAUAUACAUCUCGAAGCAUCAAUCAGUCGCUCAGCCAAUUUGAUCAACAAGGCGAAGAAGCCCAUCAUCUACGCUGGACAGGGUAUCGUCAGCACACCCGAGGGCCCUAUACUUCUGAAGGAAUUCGCAGACAAAACCCAUAUCCCCGUCACCACCACCCUUCAAGGUCUGGGUGCAUAUGACGAGCUUGACAACAAGUCCCUCCACAUGCUCGGUAUGCACGGGUCGGCAUAUGCCAACAUGGCAAUGCAGGAGGCCGAUCUCAUCAUUGCACUGGGUGCCCGUUUCGACGACCGCGCCACCUUGAAUGUCGACAAGUUCGCUCCCGCCGCAAAAGCAACAGCGGCAGAGGGCCGAGGCGGUAUCAUCCACUUCGAAAUCAUGCCCAAGAACAUCAACAAGGUCGUGCAAGUGACCGAGGCUGUGGAGGGUGAUGUCGUCACUAAUCUCGCCGCUCUCUUGCCUCAGGUCAAUGAUGUCAAGGAACGACCUGAGUGGUUUGCACAAAUUGACGACUGGAAGGCCCGCUUUCCAUGGAACUUCGAACGCGAGGGCGAAAAUGGCCUCAUCAAGCCGCAGACUGUGAUUAAGAGGCUUUCUAAGCUUACAAAAAACAUCAAGGACGAGACGGUCAUUACUACCGGGGUUGGGCAGCAUCAGAUGUGGGCAGCGCAGAACUACCGAUGGAGAUACCCACGCGCUAUGAUCACCUCGGGUGGACUUGGUACUAUGGGUUACGGUCUCCCUGCUGCCAUUGGCGCUAAAGUUGCGCGUCCUAACGCUCUUGUCAUCCAUAUUGACGGCGACUCGUUCUUCAGCAUGACUCUGACCGAACUCUCCACUGCCGCCGAGUUUAAUAUUGGAGUCAAGGUCAUCAUUCUGAACAACGAAGAGCAGGUUAUGGUCACCCAGUGGCAAUCUAUGUUCUACAAUGAUCGUUUCGCGCAUACGCAUCAGCGUAACGCAGACUUUGUCAAGCUCGGUGACGCCAUGGGCGUUCGGGCCCAGCGUGCUGUGAAGCCAGCUGAACUCGAAGAGAAGCUCAAGUGGCUGAUCAACACUGAAGGCCCAGCUCUUCUUGAAGUUGUGACAGACCAAAAGGUGCCCGUUCUGCCUAUGGUGCCCGCAGGUAACGGCCUGCACGAAUUCCUGGUGUACAACGAAGAAACCCAAAGGAAGAGGCGUGCCCAGACCAGAGAAAGGACAGGCCGGUAAAUGUCGGUCUUCAGCACUGUAACUCAU